AUGAACAACAAGCAAGGCUUCAGCGAACAAGGUGCAUUGGUGCAACGAGCUGGGCAUCGCCAUGCUACAAGGCGCCAGAGAGUUGCAGCAAGGCACCGGCAGAGGAGCAAGCGGGCUGCCGUAGCAAGGCGUGAGCUCACUGCAGCAAGGCGUGAGCUCACUGCAGCAAGGCGUGAGCUCACUGCAGCAAGGCGUGAGCUCACUGCAGCAAGGCGUGAGCUCACUGCAGCAAGGCGUGAGCUCACUGCAGCAAGGCGUGAGCUCACUGCAGCAAGGCGUGAGCUCACUGCAGCAAGGCGUGCGCUCACUACAGCAAGGCGUGAGCUCACUGCAGCAAGGCGUGAGCUCACUGCAGCAAGGCGUGAGCUCACUGCAGCAAGGCGUGAGCUCACUGCAGCAAGGCGUGAGCUCACUGCAGCAAGGCGUGCGCUCACUGCAGCAAGGCGUGAGCUCACUGCAGCAAGGCGUGAGCUCACUGCAGCAAGGCGUGAGCUCACUGCAGCAAGGCGUGAGCUCACUGCAGCAAGGCGUGAGCUCACUGCAGCAAGGCGUGAGCUCACUCCAGCAAGGCGUGAGCUCACUGCAGCAAGGCGUGAGCUCACUGCAGCAAGGCGUGAGGUCACUGCAGCAAGGCGUGAGGUCACUGCAGCAAGGCGUGAGCUCACUGCAGCAAGGCGUGAGCUCACUGCAGCAAGGCGUGAGCUCACUGCAGCAACGCUUGAGCUCACUGCAGCAACGCUUGAGCGUGCGCAAUAA